GACUGAACAGAGAGGGGGGGCCUAGAGGGAGAGAGUGACUAAACUCUCUGAAAAAGCAAAAUGGGAAGUCUGCAAAUAAAAGGAGAGGAGAAGAAAUGCUACAAACCACAUGUUGCUGUUUGGAGCCAUAAUCCAGCUAUGCUGCGAGACAGAAUCACUGCCCUGAAACGCUCAUUUGAAGUGGAAGAUGUGGACUCCUCCUCACACUCUUCAUUACCUCACACACGACAAGCACCAUCCAAUGUCCAGCGUUUGGCAAUGUCCCAGGCUAGCAGAUGGUAUUAUGAGCUGGGCUCCAAUGGUACAAAGCCCCCUGACACCUCAAAGCCCAAAGCUCGAACCCCUGAACCUCUGUCACGUAGAACAGGGCUAGGCUUUGACAUCUCAUCCAACAACAAUGGCAAAGCUAUUGAAGGCUCUCCCAGUCCUGUCAUGGCUCGGUUUGGGCUGAGGAGGCCAGAUAUCUUGAGCCACGGAAAGACCCCUGAAACGCAGAAGCACUCAGUCACCUUCAACAAGACACUGGAGACCAUUGACCCCAUUAAAAAUGGAGCAUCUAUCACCAUUCACCAUGCUAGUGCUAAACUCCCAGAGACCACCGUCAGGAAAAGUGAGCCACCAAGCCCUGCAGAUGGAUCAGCAAGAAAGCCUGAAAUCAGUGUCACAAAAUCAUCAGACACUAAAGGUCAUGACAGUCUUCAGCAUCCACCAGUUACAAGAAGGUGUCCAUCACCUAAUCAUGUUGGACGGAAAUCCCCUUGUUCUAAUGGGCAUAGUAAGUACAAUCCACUUAAACAGAUGGGCAAGAAAGUCAGUAUCUGCAAAAUGCUGCGAGAUGUUUCUUUAGAUUUCCUACAAACACCUGAAUUCCUGAAUGCACCAACUCUACUGAAACUGAGCUUGGCUCGCAGACUGACGAUAUGA